AUGCGACAGCCCGCGCUCCCCACAGGCCACCCCUCUGACGAGAAGGCUGCUCGACAGCGGCUCCGUGUACAACAGUACAACGACGAGCACCGGCGACGUCAUGUCCCCGGCUCGGUGAGCCAACGUCCAAGUGGGAGCGAAGCUCAACGUUCUCCUGAGCCACCAGGGGCGCCCACGCAGCGGCGCACCCGACAUGGCGAGCUAGAAUCCGGUGACGUCGCCACUGGCGAGAUGGCUAGAAGCCCUGCACGGUCGGAGACCUUCCAGAGGCCUUCAAGGCCAGCAUCGAGCUCUCGCGACGUUCGGACGCCCAAUCCGUUCCCCAACCGUUCUUGGCCGGCUUCAAACGAUCUGUACAACGCGCCACCACUCUUCUCAAAGUAUGAGGAUGAGCUCACUGAGCCCGGUGUCAUUUCCAAUGACCUUGACGGCGCCCAGAGCCGUCAGAUCGCAGCG